AUCUCGACGCCCCUCUGCCCGCGUCGCGGCCUGAACCGAAGUCCCCACGUCGAUCGCUUCCCCGACUCUCCCACAGCAGCACCCAUCAAUCAAUCAAUCUUGGACCAGAAUAUGCUCUGGUGCAGGUCUUUGCUCAACGUACACUGCGCAAAGGGGAAUUCAUAUCUCGUUCCGCUUGCGGGAAGGUCCUGGCCAAUAGGACCUCGCCACCGGCGAUCAGAAAAUGGCAGUCGUCAAGUAUGGAAUGGUAGGAUCGAAGAGAGCCUGGAAAAAUGUCGUCGCAAUCAUUGACACUGACACCGACGAUUCUAAAUCCGAUGACUACAGCUAGCGACCGUCAUCCUGAUGACGAUUGGGGAUUCC